AUGGACAAGCUUUUUAUUCUCGAUAACAUUCUUUUUGGAGAUGGAGCAUUUUCAUCUUCGCCAUGCAAUUUUUCAUUACGCUCCCAUAAAAAGCCCUCAUGUACAUCUUCUCGUGAUGAUGGGAUGCAAGCAUCACAUUCUGCUAAAACGCUUGCUGUUUCGAUCUGGGAAGAGCCAUCAAACGAGAAUUCGUCAAACGAACCUUUGAUAGAGGCAGGUCCAUCAGUACUUGUGAUUUAUGCCGAAAUUCCAGGAAUAAAGAAGGAAGAUGUUUCUAUUUCGGUAGACGGUGAUGUGAUCAAUAUACGUUGUAAACGCAAUCCUAUCCUUUCUCCUACUCCUUCAUCUGAAAAGUCGGAGACCAGGUUUUACCUGUCCGAAAUACACGCGGAGUCAAGUUUUUCUUCUUUCUUGGAAUACUCGAGGAAAAUUCAAGUUCCAACGGAUCGCUUUAAUAUUGACACUGCUUCUGCUUCCGUUUCCAAUGGCACUCUUGCGAUUAAAAUUCCACGAAAAACCUCGAAGGGGCCCAUCGCUCCAAAAAGCAUCCCUAUCCUUUAG